AUAUUUCUUCACUUCAUCCACGCAUUUCUCAAUUCUACCGGUUUCAGCUAAAAUUACACACAAACGCUCUCCUUUAAUUACCUUCUGCAAAACAUUUGCUAAGCCUUGAAGGGAUCCACAGGCCAUGUUGGUCUGUCAUCCAGCAAUCAAGAAAUGGUUUUCUGGGCUCGGUAAUUUGACCUUCAAAUGCAAGGAACGCAUUUUCUCCUGGCUUUCAACAGAACUGAGCUGUUUCGGAUCCGGGCUCUUAUUUACAGUGAUGAAGAGAACUGCUGUGUCUCUGCUCACUUGCAUCUUUGCUUUAGGGGGAGCAACAGUAGGGACAAUAUCAGGAGCCAUUAAAGGACAGACUACAGAAACUGGACUCUUCCGUGGGGCCGGAGUUGGUGCGGUGGCAGGGGCCAUCACGGCGGUCCAGUUAUUGGAACUGAUGGUUAAUGGAGAGCCGUUUUCCAAGGUUGCUCUCAUAUGUAGUCUUGUGAAUGGAAAGAUAUUCAUGGAGUGGGUCAGUCCUGCUGUUCUAAAAGCUUAUCAAUGGCAAAUUAGCAACAUGGAAUCAAAUUUGAGGGAGAUUUCAGACAUUUUUGAGGUCAAUUCCAUCAGGGGAUUAUCGCAUGAAGCUAUCAAUGAUCUACCUACAUGUAACCUUCAUUCUAUAGAGACCACAAAUCCUUCUUGCCAUGAAACAAUCUGUGCAAUUUGCUUGACGGACUUCAAGAACGGAGAUUGUGCACGGAUGCUUCCUAAUUGUGGACAUUCUUUCCACGUAAAUUGCAUAGAUGAAUGGUUAAACAGGAAUGGCACUUGCCCGGUUUGUAGAAGAGAUAUUUGAUUUGAUGGCACUUUGCCCGGAGGAGAUGCAGAGCACAAAAUGAGAGCAGGAAGGAACCCGUAUUUUAGUGCAUUAGCGUUGUGCCAACUUUGAUUGAAUUAGGUAAAUCUCAUCAUCAUACGUACAAUUACAACAUGCGUCCAAUGAUGGUCAGGCAAUUGGAUGUAAGGAAUUAGUGCGAAAUCCAAUGAUGGUUUAGUAGUAUUAUGGUACCACCAGUAGUGUUUGUUAGUUUGGAUUGACAUGUUUGUUUGCUCUGCUCUACUGCAAGUACCACAGCCUUUGCCAAUCUAA